UAAGUGACACCGGACAUGAAUCUCUUUCACUUGGAAGGGAGAGCUUGUGACAGAGAGUAACAAUAAUCUUUGGUAUACGAUUUAGUACUGCUAUAUUACGUGAGGAACAAAAUACCAGAAUUCGCUUUUUUGGAAAAAGGAGAAUAUUAUACUGCUACUGUGAGCAGGAGGGCGGCUAGUAUGCUUGAUAAAUAUAUUUUUUAUACACUCGAAUUUAGCAAGAUAACGAACUUGUUAGCGAAAUGAUAUGCGCUUCAGCACACACAAUGUAGCAAGCUGUUUCAUAUACCUAGCCUAUAUUUGGACAAAAUGACAAAAUUACAGAUUUUAAACGCCUUUAUGACCGAACGUUUAAUGGUGGCUGUUCAGGAGAUUCUGGAGGUGAUCGGAAACACGAUGUCUGAGUACCAACAGGAAACUACCCGUAUAAAGAGAGAGAAUGAGAGUCUGAAAUGGAAACUCCGUGAAGUCGGACUUGAAGCUGAAACUACUUGGGAAACUGAUGCACAGCUUGCUGCUCUUCCUGUUAUGAGAGGAAGGUCUCUCAUAGAGCGGCAGCACUGUGAACAGGAGUGGAGCUCCAGUCUCAGGCAGGACACAGAGCUCACACUCACUGAAGAGAAAGAGGAGAUCACAGAGGGGCACAGAAUCAGACAGAGAGAAGAGGAGCCAGUGUGUAGCCGGAUAACAAAGUCUCGAGAUUGCUCGGAAUCUUGUACACCAGAACUAAACACAGAAGCUCAUGAAAGUGCAACAUACACAGAAGCUCAUGAAAGUGCAACAUACACAGCUCCCAGUGUGAAAAAUGACUAUGGUCAAGAGUCUAUCAACCCUUCCCAUUUGUUCAGGAUUCAGGUUGUUAACACAGAAGAAGUGGACUCGGUACCUAAUAUGGUAUCUAGCAAGAUUAAAGCAGAGCCUAAUGGAGUGGAUUACGUUGUGGCAGAAAAGCUCACAGAUUCAGAGUCCUUCAGUAAAUUAAAUUCAGACAGUAUGAACAAUGGCAGUGGGUUAGAAAGCUGGUCUGCAUCACAGUCUGAAGCACAGGAGGCUGAAGAAAUGCAAGAAGCAUUUGACGGACAAAGAUCAUACGGCUGUCCUGAAUGUGGGAAGUCUUUCAGUCAUGCUUGCCAGCUGAAACUGCAUAGGCGAAUUCAUACAGGAGAGAAACCGUAUUGUUGCAUAGAGUGUGGGAAAUGUUUUAAUCAUGCAGGACAUUUUAAAGUCCAUCAAAGAAUUCACACAGGAGAAAAACCAUACAGUUGUCUUCAGUGUGGAAAAUCUUUCAAACAAAUAGGACAUCUAAAUGUACAUGUUCGAAUUCACACUGGAGAGAAACCUUAUGUCUGUACUGUUUGUGGGAAAGGCUUCAUCGAAUCAGGAACCCUUAAGAUUCACUGUAGAACUCACACAGGAGAGAGACCAUAUUGUUGCUCCUUGUGUGGGAAAACCUAUAAUAGGAGGACCCACCUAAAUCACCAUUUGCGUACCCAUUCACGUCUUAAAAAUAUGCAGCAUGAUAAUCAUAAUUAAUGGAUUGUCAUGUUUGGGAUGUUUUUUUUUCCUCAUUAAAGAAACACAGAUCCCCAAAUAUGUUUAAUGAAACUAAUGUCUUUCUCACAUUUUUUAGGAGCUGUUGUAUGCUAAAUGUUUACUUGUAGUUCUAUUAAUUCGUUUUAUUUGUGUGUACUCCAUAAUGUUUAGUACAUUUUUUUUUUUUUUUCUUGAUUUGGCUCUCCAGAGUUUUCCAUUUGCAAUCAAAUGGUGCAUAAUGUGCUUGAAGUGCAGAGUUUAUUAAUUUUUGUAAUACAUUUUGGUUUCACCAUGUAUAAAUGACAGCAUUUUUUAUAUAUAAGUCCCCCUUAUUUCAGGGGACCAUAAUGUUUGGGACAAAUUGCUCUGCUGGUGUUUCUGAUUAAUGGGGUAUAUUCAAUUUCUUUACGAGAGAUACAAGAGAGCUUUUAGUGUGUAUUCUUGAUUCUAGGCUUAUGAUUACCUUUUUAGCCUGUUAUUGGCCACAUAGCAAAGCAAGAGCCUCAUUUGUGUCACGUGGUGGGAGUUUUACAGUUUGGACAAGUGCUGUCACUUCUACACGGUGAAAAAUUAACUUUAAUAAAAGCAAAAAAUCUGCACUUUAGCCACAUGUGAUUUGUUUGGUUACGAAUCUAAAAUUGUGUACAGCGCCAAAUCAAGAAAAAAAAAAGUGCAUUAUGGAGCACUCUAUUUCAUUUAACCCUGCUGAACCUUUAAAAGCAUACAUUCCUAAUCAACUGGCUAACAUGGUCUGUUUUUUUUCUCUGUUUACUAUCAGUGGUACACCAAACUAAGCAUCAUAUUUAUCAUAUUCUUUUCAUAUAUAUAUAUUUUUUUACAUAGAGAAAAAGGCAGGGAAAAAGACACUGCAUUCCAUAAAUAUCACCAUUGGUAGCAUAGCAAGAUUAAAAGUGAAAGUUAUUAAUUUGAAAAAAAAAAAAAAAAAAAAGGGAUGUCACACUCAAGGUAGCUUGCUUAACAAGAGUAAAUUAAGACAGUAAGUGUAUUUUAUAUAAAAAAUGUUCAUUCAAAAGAUUAAUUUGUAUUCAUCUCACUAGUCCCAAUAUUUCAUCCCGCUUCUGUUACAUGUAUAAUAAAAUUAUAAAUGAUAUGCA